CUUUAAAGGGACUGUCACUUUUUUCCCAUUGGAGGAAAACCAUGAAGGAAAAUGUGAGAUCAAGAAGUGCAACAUUUAUCAAAUUAAACUUAUGCAUAUAAAAGAUAAUGAAUGGUCUCUCUCAGUUUUAUCACCAUCUCCAGAAAACUAUAUUUCAGAUGGAAUUCUCUACCCCAAGACAACGUGGCUGGGAAAUGAGCUGCUGACUAAACUGGCUAAGUGGUCCAUGGAAACAAAAAAGUGUGAAUUUAAGAAUACCCUCUCUCUCAUUUCUGUGGCUAAAUAUAACAACACUUACCAAAAUUUAAAGGAAAAAUACAAAGAAAUUGUAAAGGUGUGGCCUGAAGUGACAGAUCCUCAAAAGUUCGUAUAUGAAGAUGUUGCUAUAGCUGCAUAUAUGUUGAUUCUUUGGGAAGAUGAGAGAGCUUCAAAAGGCCUGCCCAGAAAACAGUCUUUUGUGGACCUUGGUUGUGGAAAUGGUCUUCUGGUCCACAUCUUAAGCAGUGAAGGGCAUCCUGGCAAAGGAAUUGAUGUCAGAAGAAGAAAAAUAUGGAGCAUGUAUGGGCCUCAAACACACUUGGAGGAAUGUGAAAUUAGUCCAAAUGAUUUGUAUCCAGAUGCUGACUGGUUAAUUGGGAAUCAUUCUGAUGAGCUGACUCCAUGGAUACCAGUAAUAGCUGCCAGGUCUUCGUAUUCUUGUUGCUAUUUUGUAUUACCUUGCUGCUUUUUUGACUUCAAUGGGAAGUAUAAUCGGAGGCAAAGUCAGAAGACCCAGUACAGAGAAUAUCUUGAUUUUGUCACAGAAGUGGGGCUUGUAUGUGGCUUUAAUGUUGAAGAAGAUUGCCUUAGAAUUCCUUCAACAAAAAGGGUAUGUUUAAUUGGAAAUUCUAGAACGUAUCUCACAACGCAAAGUGCUGCACUCGAUGAACAGCGAGCAAGUUAUAUUAGCAGCCGCCAGUGCUACGGUGUGACAGUGCGGAGCGAAGUGGAAGGGGUGCAUCAAAGUGAGAGUCAACCAGCUGCAAGGCGUGCCAUGGGCCAAGUUGCAGGCAGAGAAGUACUGAGAAAUAUAGAUGUGGAAGGAGCCUUAAUAUUCAGGUUUCAGCCUAGAGGGAAGGAACCAGUCCGUAACUGCACUGCUCUCCCUCAAGAUUUUGUAGACAGCGUGGUUUUGGAAGUAGCCAACCUACUACUAAGCGGAAUCCAACAUUUAUCUGGAACUUCACCUGCAUGGAGUCGAGGAGAGAGUCUCACCUUGAGUGAAAUUGCAGCACAUUUAAAUGAAGACACUUUAAAAAGGCUGAGGAAUGAAUAUGGAGGCCUGCAGACUUUGCUUAGAAACAAUCACCAAGUGUUUGAAGUGCUCGGUGGAAGAGUUCAUAUCCGUGACUGGAGAGACACAAAGCUGUUGAGCCAAAAGAAACCAGGCAUACAGGCUGAGCAAGGAGUUUCUUCGAAAGCCACAAAAACUCGCCUGUGUUGGUUUGACAGACACCAUCCUCAGGGCUGCCCUUUGACCUCGGAAGGCUGUACUUAUGCUCAUGGCCUUGAGGAACUGAGGCCGCACCAGGAUCUGCCAAGGAAGAGGCAGGUGAAGUACUGAGGAGCUGGCAGCAAAGCUGGAGGUGCUGCUCCAGUGGACUUUGGGGGCCCUUCACGUGUUGCUGACACCCCUCUGUACCCACUCAAAUGAAACCCUCUUUAUGCAAGAGACCAGCUGCCCUGACAAUGCUGAUUUUUAUUUGUAUAUUAAAAUACAAAUUUUAUCUGCAGUUGUGUUCUCAAAA